CCCCGUGGCUCACCAUGUACCAGCUAUUUAACUAGGUUAGGGCUGUUUUUAAUUCAUACAUUUACUAACGGGGGUUAGCUGAAGCAUAAGGGAGUAUUUGUAUUGUCAAAUAAUGUGAAUUUACAGACUUGUACCUGUUACGAAGAAAGUUACUUCUACCGUUAGCUAGAAAGCUAAAAACAGUUAGCCUAGCAGACAAAGUUCGCUAUACUGAAAAGAGCAUGAUAAGAGGCGUCAUUAUCAAAACAUGAACGCCGGUCAGCUUUAACUCCAGACCUUCAGGGAUUUUGUAGCCGUUAGUAUCUGUGUGUGAACUACUUCCAAGCUGCGGACGGUCACCGGUAUGUUUCCUCUAGACUCGCCGUGGAACAUCUCGUUUGCAGGUUGCGGUUUCCUCGGUAUCUACCACGUCGGUGUUGCCAGCUGUCUGCUGGAGCAGGCUCCUUUUCUGGUGCAAAACGCCAGGCACAUUUAUGGAGCAUCAGCUGGAGCUCUCACUGCCACUGCUCUGGUCACAGGAGUAUGUCUUGGAGAGGCUGGAGCAGGCAUCAUCGAUGUAGCCAAAGAGGCGAGGAAGCGAUUCCUCGGACCCAUGCAUCCUUCCUUCAACCUGGUGAAGAUUAUGAGUGUCAUGCUGCGGCGCACUCUGCCAGCUGAUUCCCACCAUGUGGCCAACGGACGGUUAGGAAUCUCUCUCACCCGAGUGACAGAUGGAGAAAACGUCUUGGUGUCGCAUUUCAACAACAAGGAGGAGGUGGUGCAGGCAUGUGUCUGCAGUGCCUACAUCCCUGUUUAUUGUGGCCUCAUUCCUCCCACACUGCAAGGAGUGCGAUAUGUCGACGGAGGAAUCUCAGACAACCUGCCUCAGUAUGAGCUGAAAAACACCAUCUCCGUGUCCCCGUUCUCCGGAGAGAGCGACAUCUGCCCACGAGACACUUCCACCAACAUACACGAGCUGCGAUUCACCAACACAAGCAUCCAGUUCACUCUCACCAACCUCUACAGAGUCUCCAGGGCACUUUUCCCCCCGGACCCCAUGGUCAUGAAGACCAUGUGUAAGCAGGGAUAUAAAGAUGCUCUGCACUUUUUAAAAAGGAAUGGAUUGCUUAAUUUUAAUGAACCUCUCAGAGACAGGCCCCUAAUGGUUAAUGGUGAAGAAAAUGAGGAUUGUAAUGAGGAGGAGGAGGAGAACGAGGAGGAGGAGGUCAAUAAAAGUGAUGAACAGGAGGAAAAGCCAAGUGUGGAAGCGGGAGCAGUGAUGGUUCAUUGCAGUUCCUCAGUAGAGGAGCAUUUAAUUGAACACCUUCCACCCACUCUGCACAAAGCUCUACUGGAGGCCUGCAUGGAGAGGAGGAGCCUGAAGCGGUCGCUGAGCAACCUGCUUCUUGUCAGGAUGGCCUCGGCCAUGAUGCUCCCCUACACGAUCCCUCUGGAGUCUGCCAUGUCCUUGACUCUCAGACUUCUGGAGUGGCUGCCAGAUGUGCAAGAAGAUGUGGGAUGGAUUCGAGAGCAGAUACUAAAAAUCCUACAGCAUGUUCUUCGCCAGGCCUCCAACAGAUUUUCCCAACGUGUUUCUGCCAGGUUUUCCUGGCAGCUGGAGCUGCACCACCACAUCAGCUCCACCACCUUGUUUCCCAGCUGGGUGAACGGGAGACGUUCUUCAGUCUUUGAUGUCUUCAUGCGUCUCGACCAGUACAAGAGACAGCUGCUGUGUAUCAACAUGGACAUGCAAGGCUCCUUCAAAACUGGACCAGCGUCACCAGAUAAGAGCCCUCCAUCCCUCCUCUCACCUGAAGGCAUCGCAAGGGACAGAGGUUGUCUUGAUAUUCCACCUGCUGCUGAAUCUGAAGAAACCAUCAGCAGCUUCUGAGAGCUUCUGACAGUUCAGAUAUAUUCAUUGUAGAUCCAAGAAAAUUUUAAAGGAAUUUAAAAAGAAAUUAUCAUCUGUUUACAUGCUGACAUUUAGAUAUUUUUAAGAUGCCAGGAAGAUAUUUAUAAUCUAAUCAGCCACUUUGUACAGUGUUUGGAAAUGGUAAUAAUUUACAUCUUCAGUGUAUAAAAUAUUUUUUGACUAAUGCAUGACACUGAAAUAAGUCUUCAGCUACACUUCAAUCAGGCAAACCCAUAGACACAACGUGUCUGUCAGACUACAAAAGUGCAUUUAAAAUGUUGCACAAACAUGUACAAACUUGAAUUACAGGACGCUAGAAACAAAAAUGCACACUUGAAGUAGCGUUGUUAAAAUAAGCAAGUGUUUAUGUUUAAGUGGAAUGUAGUCCGACCAGUAGUUAAUCACAGUGUUCCUCCUGUAUCCAGUUAAGAGCUGUGAGUCACUUCUGACCAGCAGUGGAUGCACCCAACUGUUUGUUACAGCAAGUUACUCCAUUUAUCGAUGCAAGUAUCAAUGCAGUACUGAGAAAAAAGACAUUGUUUUUAUGUUUGUUGUUUGUUUGUCAAUUUCCUAUGUCUCCAAAAUUAUUUAUAUGAAAACUGCUCUGCUCUUUUUUCUCAAUCAUAGAAUCAUGUUUUUAUCAUCUUGAUACACUACAUAUAAGUUACAACUCUUUCAGAUUCUGAAUCUAAAUUGAAUUUCUGCUUCUUUGAUUAUGAAGUUAUUUUACAGAUUUUACAUUUGAAUGAGCACAGUAAUUAAUAUAUAUAUAUAUAAUAACAGAAUCACUUUAAUCUGAAUUGCACUUUCUAAGUUUCUUAGAUAAAAACGUACCUGUUCUAAUACUUUUCUUGUACUGUGUAUCACAAGAAGUUCUAACUAUUGUGCCUUGAACCUAAAUAAAUGAAUCUCCAGGUAAA